UCAUUGGCUGAAUCGGCUCUGCUCAAAGUACCUUACAGAGACUCAACUCGUCAGUCGUGCAAAAUGUCCAUGUGGAGUUUCGUCGUGUUUUACAUCUGUGUGUACGAUGUGUUUGGUGUUACAGAUGAAGUGAAGUCAGUGUCAGUGAUGGAGGGAGAUUCUGUCACUCUACACACUGAUGUUACUGAAAUACAGAGAGAUGAUCAGAUAAUCUGGAGGUUCGGACCUGAAAAUUCACGCAUUGCUGAAAUCUAUAAACUCAAUAGCCCUAAAUAUGAUCGAAUUGAGAGAUUCAGAGACAAACUAAUGCUGGACAGAAGGACUGGAUCUCUCACUAUCAGAAACAUCAACAAAGCGCACGCUGGACCUUAUAAACAAACUAUCUUCAGCAACACAAGGACAUCACACAAGAGAUUCACAAUCACUGUCUAUACUCCUGUUACAACAGCUACUGUCAGUAGGAACUCAUUAUUGAGAGAAGGUGAAACUUCAGCUCGUCUCCCGAUUCCCGUCAUCAUCAGAGACUCUUCUCAAUGUUCUUCAAGCUGUAAAUGUGUGUUGGUGUGUUCAGUGGUGAAUGUGACACACGUGACUCUCUCCUGGUACAAAGGAAACAGUUUAUUGUCCUCCAUCAGUGUGUCUGAUCUCAACAGCAGUCUCUCUCUACCUCUGGAGGUGGAAUAUCAGGAGAACAACAUCUACAGUUGUGUAGUGUCCAAUUCAUUCACCAACCUGACCAAACAUCUCAACAUUACUGAUUCAUGUCAGACGUAUCCAGAUUCUGUCCAGUGUUGUGGUUCAACUGAAGCUGUGAUCCGAUUGGUCAUCUCUGCUGUGGUGGGCGUGGCUACUGUAAUUGUACUAAUUUAUGACAUCAGAUCCAGAUAAUUUGAACAGUGGAGAGAACAGACAUCAUCAGUUCCUCACAGAUGCAGCAAACAGUUCUUCAAUCUGGGGCCAGAAUCAUGAAACAUGAAGAAUAAAAUCCUCCUGAACUUUUUCCUUGAGUUAUAAAAUAAGAAAAUAAUAGUUCAGUAUUUUGUUUUCACAAAAACACCUCUUAGUUUGUCCUAGAACUUAAAUAAAAUAAUUGUGAAUCCGGCCAUUGAACACUAGAUGGCGAUUUUG